CGGGCGCAGAAAGCCAAGCCGCGAAGAAAGGAGGGUAAAGCAAGAACCUUCGUCUGUUACUAGCUCGCAAGUCUGGGAAGAUGAGGAGCUCUGGGAUGAUAGGGUCGUCCUCGGCGACGGCGUCGUCAGCGACAGCGUGGGCGUCGACAACCUCGGUGUCAUCGUCGGGGAAGAGGAUACAGAGGGAGAUGGCGGAGCUGAACUUGGACCCACCUCCCUAUUGCUCCGCUGGCCCAAAAGGCGACAAUCUCUACCACUGGGUCUCCACCAUCAUGGGGCCUCCAGGUACACCAUACGGAGGCGGGAUAUUUUUCCUUGACAUUACUUUUCCGGGUGAUUAUCCAUUCAAACCUCCAAAGGUCGCAUUCAAAACUCGAAUUUACCAUUGCAAUGUUGAUUCAUCCGGCAAUCUUGGAUUGGACAUCUUGAAGGAUGGUUGGAGUCCGGCUCUUACAAUUUCUAAAGUUCUUCUUGCCAUCAGAUCGAUUUUCACGAAUCCCGAUCCCCAUAAUCUAUUGGUUCCUGGCAUUGCCCAUCAGCACAUGGUGGACCGGCCUAAACACGAUCAAUUGGCUGCUGAAUGGACACUCCGAUUUGCGAAGUGAUGGAGUCUGCAACUCUUACCACAGAUGACGGGGUUGGCAAUAUGGCAUGACCUAAACAACCAAUUUGAUUUUGAGACCUGUAGAGAUGAAUAUGAUGCACGCCU